UCUUUUAGAUGUUCAAAAAAAUGUUGCUGAAAGUUGUGUUUCUCUUGGUGGGGCUGAGUUACAUGGUGAGUCCUUCUUCCUUUGUGAUUAACACUGCAUCAGAUAGCACAUGGCCUGAAGUGGAGGAACUGUUACCACACUACAAGGUUAAGGUUCCACUUCCGACUCCUGGUACACCGUGUCCACCUUUGAAAUUACCAGAAUCUCAGCCAAUUGACUCUUCAGCUGUGCGCAAGACUAUGUUUGUACCUGCAAGGAACCGCAGACCCAUACCUCAUGAAAUGAAGCCUAUAUUACUGCCAACGCUGCCUUCUCCUGAGAUAAAACCUCCAUCUCAACCAAAAAGUGUACAGCUUUUGUGUCACAUUGACCGGAUUUACGUGAGGGUUCUGAAGAGUCUCUUUACUAAUCCAGAAGCUGAGAAAUAUCUCAAAGUGGGAACAUGUCCUGUGAAUAAAGACACACCUGAGCAUUACUACUUCCUGUAUCCCAUCAACAGCUGCAAUGUACAACGUCAGGAAAACCAAAACCGUGUCUUGUAUUCAAACACUCUGACCUAUGAGCCUGUGAGCGAUGAACUGGUCAUUCGUGAGCUACCGUUUUCUGUACAACUGGAGUGUCGUUACAACAAGCAUUUCCGCUCCUACAGUGUUGGUUUUCAGCCUCAAGUGGAAGCAGGAACUGUUCUCUUGAGCCUACAAGGUGUAGUCUCGCUCACAUCUGUAGAUGAGAAUUGGAUGCCUCUAAGUAUGGUGCAGAGUCAUACAAUUGGCCAACCCGUGUACUUUGAAGCGAAGGCUCCUGAUAGUCUUACUGGAAAGAGGAUCUACUUGAACAAAUGCUACAUCACGGCAUCUCCGGACCCUGAUGCUACACCUAAAUACACUGUGAUCGACAACUAUGGAUGCAUGGUGGACAGUAAGACCAGCGAUCAAAGCAAGUUCUACCCGAGCGAUUACAAGACCACGUUAAGGUUCUCCGUGGCAGCCCUUAUGUUUAAGGACAUGUCCUCUACGCCUGAAGACAAGAUCGAAAUGUUCAUUCAUUGUGAAUUGAACGUGGGAAAUGAGCAACCGACUCCGAGCAUAAAAUCUUGUUCCUAUGACCCAGAAACUGAAGGGUGGUCAGAGCUGUAUGGAAAUGACUCGGUCUGUGCUUGCUGUGACUCUUCCUGUCCUGCUCCAGAUCCCUCCGUGACUAUGAAGAUCUCCAGCAACUCCUGGAUGGUUGAGAGGCGUAACAAUGACCAACCUAUGAGCAAGUCCUUUAAACUACCAGAAGAAAUCAUGGAUCGUGGUGGAUUUGAGAUGUUUUGGGAUACUUUUGAUGAAAUUACUGCUUAAUGCCUGAAUGAUCUUUAUAAUUCUGAGCUUUUUACCAUAUUGUGUAAUAAAACUGGACUCAAAUGAA